AUGCCCACCCCCCCACUUCCUCCCAUCAACAGCCCCCCACUUCCUCCCAUCAACAGCCCCCCACUUCCUCCCAUCAACAGCCCCCCAUCAACAGCCCCCACUUCCUCCCAUCAACAGCCCCCCCAUCAACAGCCCCCCACUUCCUCCCAUCAACAGCCCCCCAUCAACAGCCCCCUCCCUUCCUCCCAUCAACAGUCCCCCCCAUCAACAGCCCCCCCACUUCCUCCCAUCAACAGUCCCCCCCCAUCAACAGCCCCCCACUUCCUCCCAUCAACAGCCCCCCCAUCAACAGUCCCCCCCAUCAACAGCCCCCACUUCCUCCCAUCAACAGUCCCCCCAUCAACAGCUCCCCCACUUCCUCCCAUCAACAGCCCCCCCAUCAACAGUCCCCCCAUCAACAGCUCCCCCACUUCCUCCCAUCAACAGUCCCCCCCAUCAACAGCCCCCCCACUUCCUCCCAUCAACAGUCCCCCCCAUCAACAGCCCCCCCAUCAACAGCCCCCCACUUCCUCCCAUCAACAGCCCCCAUCAACAGCCCCCUCCUCCCAUCAACAGCCCCCCCACUUCCUCCCAUCAACAGCCCCCACUUCCUCCCAUCAACAGCUCCCCCAUCAACAGCCCCCUCCUCCCAUCAACAGCCCCCCCACUUCCUCCCAUCAACAGCCCCCCCACUUCCUCCCAUCAACAGCCCCCCCAUCAACAGCCCCCUCCUCCCAUCAACAGCCCCCCCACUUCCUCCCAUCAACAGCCCCCCCACUUCCUCCCAUCAACAGCCCCCUCCCUUCCUCCCAUCAACAGCCCCCUCCCUUCCUCCCAUCAACAGCCACCCCCAUCAACAGCCCCCCCACCCUCCCAUCAACAGCCCCCCUCAUCACCAGCCCCCCCCACUUCCUCCCCAUCAACAGCCCCUCCCCUCCCUUCCUCUCACCAGCACCACUUCCCCCAUCAACAGUCCCCUCCCUUCCUCCCAUCAACAGCUCCCCCUCCUCCCAUCAACAGCCCCCCCAUCAACAGCUCCCCCACUUCCUCCCAUCAACAGCCCCCCCACUUCCUCCCAUCAACAGCCCCUCCUUCCUCCCAUCAACAGCCCCAUCAACAGCCCCCAUCAACAGCCCCCUCCUUCCUCCCAUCAACAGUCCUCCCCCAUCAACAGCCCCCCCACUUCCCUCCCAUCAACAGCCUUCCAUCAACAGCCCCCCCACUUCCUCCCAUCAACAGCCCUCCCUUCCUCCCAUCAACAGCCCCCUCCCUUCCUCCCAUCAACAGCCCCCCCACUUCCUCCCAUCAACAGCCCCCCACUUUCCCAUCAACAGCCCCCCCAUCAACAGCCCCCACUUCCUCCCAUCAACAACCCCCACUUCCUCCCAUCAACAGCCCCUCCACUUCCUCCCAUCAACACAUCAACAGCCCCCCCCACUUCCUCCCAUCAACAGUCCCCCACUUCCUCCCAUCAACAGCCCCCCUUCCUCCCAUCAACAGCCACCCCCACAACAGCCCUUCCCCAUGGAUGCGGAUAGUUGA